AUGGAUCAGCAAUUCCUCCUGUUGUCUCUUUUCUUUAGCAUCAUCGCAGUUAUCCAAGUGAAUUGUUAUCAUUCUGCUUUACGUUCAGAACUCCAUAUUAGUAAGCAUUCUAGAAGAGCAGAGCUCCCGAUUGGAAAGAUAGUAGAAGCCUCAAACGCGGAGAGAUCAGCAGCAAGAAGUACCACAUUUCCCCGCACUGACAUUCGCGGGCUCAUCCCUACAACAGAACGGGAACCUUUGCCAAGAUUAGAACAAGGAGACUCCAUAGCGUUCAGGGGGCAAGGGCACCACAACUUGGUUCAACGGCCCAAUGAAGAAGUGGAAGGAGCACAUCAUAAUGCAGAUCUAGAUCAUCACGAUGACCAUUCUGAAGAUGAAUCUGAGUAUAAUUCCGACGAUAACUCGUUCAUCUCUUUUUCGGAUUGGAACGCUUUGUCUCAGAGUGAUGGAGAGGACAUCGAGGCAAUGCCAUUAUACGACGAUGGAGAGUCUGAGAGUUCGCCCAGCUCCGAGGUUAUCGAUGGCCCUAUACCAGCAUCUCAUAAACGGCUAGGAUGGUUGACUGAUACUGGGGACUCUCAUCGAGAUAAACGACCAAGAACUCUUGAAGAGCGAAGAUGA